AUGAGUUCUGUAUCUGCAAAAAAUGUAUUGACUCCAUACAUCAAGUCGUUAUUUCUUGAGCGUCCCAAUUUGACUCCUGAAGAUCUUGCGACAGUGCUCAAGUUCAUUUUCAGAGGUAUUCCUUCAGAAGCACAAACUGCUGCCUUUCUUACUGCCUUGCGUAUGAGAGGGGUUGACCAUCAACCUGAGUUUAUUGCAGCUGCUGUGCGUACCAUUUUAGAGUUUUCCACUGUCAUUGACCCUUCUAAGGUUUCAUCUGAAGGUUAUGUCGAUAUUGUUGGAACUGGUGGUGAUGGUCAGAAUACUUUCAAUGUAUCUACAUCGGCUGCUAUUGUGGCGGCCGGUGCUGGUCUCCCAGUUUGUAAACAUGGGGGUAAGGCAUCUACUUCUACAUCUGGGUCAGGUGAUCUUUUGAAAAGUUUAGGGGUUGAUUUAAUGCAAGUAACUUCUACAACUGUACCUGAAAUAGUACCAAAGUCAAAUUUCUGCUUUCUUUUCGCCCCUGCAUUCCAUCCUGGAAUGGGUAAAGUUGCUUCUAUUAGAGGUCAAUUGGGGAUUCCAACGAUAUUCAAUAUUUUAGGACCUUUAAUAAAUCCAAUUCCUUUGAAAGUGAGGGUAUUGGGUGUUUAUAGUGAAGCAUUGGGAGAAGCAUAUGCACAGGCUGCUGCGCAAUUGGCGGUGGAUAACAAGACACAUCAACGUACCAUUGUUGUAUUUGGAGAAGUUGGACUUGAUGAAGUAGCGCCAUGUGGAUCUACAAAACUUUGGAUUGUGGAGUCUGAUGGGACUAUUACUAAACAAUUAAUUAAUCCAUUAAGCUUCAAUUUACCUGAACAUAGCUUAGAAGAUGUAAAAUCUGGAACUCCUGAAGAAAAUGCUGCCAUUUUAAUGCAUAUUUUACGUCAAGAUAAUGAAAAAUACCUAGUUGAAGGGGCUGGGAAUGAUCCAAUAGUUGAUUAUAUUCUUCUCAACACUGCCUUGUUGAUCUAUGCUACCGGUAAGGCUGAAAGUUUACAAGAUGGUGUUCUUGCUGCAAAGAAAUCUAUUACAUCAGGAUCAGCAUUAAGAGAAUUCGAAAAAUUUAAAGCUGCAAUUGAAGCAACAAAGGAUUAG